AUGAGUGAAAAUACGGAAAGUGACGAUGCAAACUCAUCCGAUUCAGUUGCAAACUUUCAACCACAAACACUAUCGCAUCAGAUGGUACUGUUCUUCUAUCGCCGGCAAGCUAUCGCACGGGAUUCAUGGGAUAUUUCGUUCUGGGAAAUGUUCCGCACCAGCCAUCCUGCGGUAGGAUUGGAUGCAAAAGCUCUCCGAUCGCACUUUUUUCAUGCAGUAAUGCAAAAAGCUAGCGAACUUGAGGGUCUACCGUACGCGGUGACUCAGUACAUUAAUCCACUCUUCAACCGGAUCCGUGAGGAUGUGCUAGAGUUUCGGGAUCUUGUCGAAGGAACCGAUUACGUGUACAAUCAAGACCCGAACGAUGUACCGACAGUCAGCGAUGGCAACACGAUGCCACCGCUAAACUUACACCCAACCUGCCGCCGGGGAAAUCGUGCUUCAACAUCACGCUCUUCCAAGCGUUACAUAGAUCCAAGUCCUGAGCAGGUUAGAAACUUUGUCGCUGCGGAACUUAGCGAAAUACUCUGGACGGAAGAGGAACGCAGCACACAGCGAUCCUCGCUUAGCAUUAGCGAGUGUCUGCUGCGGAUGGCUCUGCUGACGAAGAAACAGAUUCCGCUGAUUAGCUGCAUCGAACCUGGCAUGGCGUGCUACGAUCGUUUACGGAAAGCCGGUCUGGUUGAGGCGUGCGAUGAGGAUGAUGGUGGCGACGGUCCACAGAGUGAUACGGAUGUAUCUACACCACGAUUUCAGCAAGCGGGUGCUGCCUCAACACCUAUUGCGCAGACGACCCAUCAGCAACUGUACAGCGAGAGUCCGGCAAUUGGGAGUAUCAUCCGGAAGAAAAAUUACGAUUCAAUUCUGAAGCACGUUCGUAGCAAGCCACGCAGAGGCGGUUUAAAGUGA